UGCGCCCUGCGAGCCGCUGCGCCCGCGGCGAGGAGCCUGGCGCGACCCCCAGCUGUGCGCCCCGCCCCGGCGCCAUGCAUUGCGAGGUGGCCGAGGCACUUUCGGACAAGAGGCCAAAGGAGGCCCCUGGUGUGCCCGGCCCGGGCCGCGGGCCCGCUGGCCUGGGAGCGCACAUGGCCUUCAGGAUUGCCGUGAGUGGCGGCAGCUGCGGGGAUGGGAACCCGCGAGAUCUACUGCCUCGGCUGCCCGUGCCACCACCACGCGUCCACGACCUUCUCCGACCCCGGAGCCCUCCAGACUAUGGCGUGUCCAAGGCCGGUAGUGGCAAGGGUGAGUCCGACCGCACCAAUGUGCUGACCGUGGGCAUGCAGAGGUCCUUUCGGGCUGCGGUGCCUGCGCUGCUGCCACUGACUCUUUAA